UGUCAACCGCAGGCGUAAAGCACCUAUAAAGAGGGGCGCCUGUACAGAAGACCUCCAAACCCUCCACUCAGCAAACGCAGACAUCCCACUUGUCUUCACUCGCAAACGAGGACUGCUGCUAUUUCUGCGUCUGCACCAUGGUGAGCACUCGAGCUCUCCUCCUGGCGGCCACCUGCUGCUGCGCCUCCCUUUGGCUCGUUCAUGCAGAAGAGUCCUCACUGGAGACCCGCUCGUUGGAUUUCCCCCUGAAAACCCAACAGGAGAAAGAGCUGAUUGACGCGCUGCAAGAGGUUUUGGAGAAACUGAGGAGCAAAGAGAUGCCCUUGGAGAAAAAGCUUGGCUGGCUGCCUUCGUGUGACGCCGGGGAGCCCUGCGCCGUGCGUAAAGGUGCGCGUAUUGGCACACUGUGCAGCUGUCCUCGGGGUACUUCCUGUAACUUUUAUGUUCUCAAAUGUUUGUAAAGGGAAUAGUUUAGUUUUGGUUUUGCUUGUCCCAAUCUGCUGUCGUACUGUUAGUGAU